AUGCAGAACGUACCUCGUGGCUACGUUGAAGCUCUGCUUCUGCUGCUGAUGCUCAGUGGUUCGGUGAUCGGGACUCUACACACGACAGACGAGUUCACGUUCAGUUGUGUGCCGUUGACUACCCAGCUGUCGGAUCCGAUUGUUGCGCCUGGAGAGCCGUCUGGACAUACUCAUGUCGUUGCGGGGGGAACGGCAUUCCAGAGGACGAUGAAUCAGAGUAUGGCGCAGAAUGCACGGGAUACGACGUGUGGCGUGGCGAUUGAUAAGAGCAAUUAUUGGAUUCCGCAACUUUAUCAUUGGAUGCGGAAUGGGUCGUUUGAGCUCGUUGAGUAUCAGUCAAGUAGUAUUUACUACUUUAAUCGAGCGUGCAAUUAUACGGUUGGGUUGACGGCUUGUGAUGAAUCGCAGUAUGCGUUGGCACCGCCGGAAGGACUGAGGAUGAUUGCGGGGGAUCCACAUCUUCGAACCUAUAAUGAUUCAGAUUGGUCCCAACGCGCUAUCAGUCAUAUGUGCAUUGGGCAGGACGGGAGUUCAAACGAAACCAAAGGUCUUCCUCAGCAACCUUGUGAGACGUUGAGAUCGCAGGUGUUUAUGCCAUCCUGCUGGGAUGGAGAAAAUCUUGACAGUCCAAAUCAUAGGAGCCAUAUGGCGUAUCCAGUGACGGGAGAUUACAACAAGGGCGUUUGUCCGGAGUCUCAUCCCGUUGCGAUCUAUUCCAUCUUUUUGGAAUUCUUUUUUAACACGGCCCCAUUCCCUGACUACCGUAACUGGGUAUAUGCGAUGGGUGACCCAACCGGAUAUGGUCUGCACGGUGAUUUCAUGUAUGGCUGGACAGACCAGAGCGCUCUGCAGCGAGCAAUGGACACGUGCACAGGCCCAAAUGGGUUGACUGACCCGGAAUGCUCGAUAACGAGGACACAGAUGAGGGUCGUGGCUCCAACGUUGCAGUCUUUGGAUGUGGCUCCACCAAACGAUGAGUUUGGUCAGAACGGUCCUAUUGCAAGGUUACCCGGCGACCAUAACCCGGUGACUGGACCAUACGGUUCCAAAUGGCAUGGUUGA